AAGGGGGGGGGGCAGAGCGAGCGAGGGAGCGAGCGCGAGCGAGCCAGAGCGAGCCGCGGAAAUGAAAGUGAAGGGCUGAGCGGCCACAUGGAGGGAGCUGCCCGGCAGCAGUUCCGGGGGCACAAUGCUUCCUUCCAUAAUUAAAUAGCACUUACUCUUAUUAUUACUAAUAAUAAUAAUCUAAUCAUACCUCUAGUAAUACUAUAGCACUUAUCGAGGCCCGUUGGAGGCGCGGUGGGGGGACUGCCAAGCUGGGAAAGAGACUAAUGGAGAGGCAGAAAAGAAAGGAAGAAAUAGAAAAAGGACUUCAGUUCAUUCAGUCCACGAUAUCACUAAAGCAAGAAGAUUAUGAGGCCUUCCUCCACAAGUUGGUUUGGAACCUGUUUGCCGAGGGGAAUGACUUGUUCCGGGAGAAGGACUUCAAGCAGGCGUUGGUGCAGUAUGUGGAGGGGCUGAAUGUGGCUGACUAUGCUGCCUCCGACGAGGUGACCCUGCCCCGAGAGCUCCUCUGUAAGCUACACGUCAACCGAGCUGCCUGCUAUUUCAACAUGGGCCUGUAUGAGAAGGCACUGGAAGACAGUGAAAAGGCUCUGGGGCUAGACCCAGAGAACAUCCGAGCCUUGUUCCGGAAAGCCAGUUCCCUGAAUGAGCUGGGGCGCCACAAGGAAGCCUACGAGUGCAGUAAAACGUGCUCCAUCUCUCUCCCCCACGAUGAAAGCGUCACUCAGCUCAGUCGGGAGCUGGCCCAGAAGCUGAGGUUGCCGUGCAGAAAAGCCUAUAAGAGGCCUCAGGAAUUGGAAACCUUCUCACUGCUCAGUAACGGUACCUCGGCUCCCUUAGCAGAUCAGGGAACAUCCAAUGGACUUGGCUCUGUAGAUGACAUUGAAACAGACUGCUCCAUGGACCUAAGAUGUCUCACGGCCCCAACGACCGCUUCCAUCCCUGGCUGUGAUCUCACCCUCCUCUCUGACCCUGAGGCCAAGGGCUCCACCACAACCCUUUUCCCUCCCACCACUGACCUGCUGGCCCCUCCAGAAGGGGCUGGACCCGAGAGCGUGGAGGACUUCUCCGAUGGUGAUGUCUUUGGGCCAGAACUGGACUCCCUCCUGGAUUCAUUGUCUCUGGUACAAGGCCCCAUUCCAGCGACUGUACCCAGCGAAAUGCCCCAACGCAUCCCUGUGUUCCCGGGCGGGGCGCCCCUGUUGCCCGCUGUGGUGAGUGGCACCAUCCCUGUCUCCAAUCCACUCCCCCCUGCAUCCUUUGGCCUCGUCAUGGACCCCACCAAGAAGAUGGCCUCUUCUGUGCUGGAAGCCUUCGACUCUCCAGCCUCCUCACGGGACACCUUGGAUCCUCUGAACUUGCUUCCAUAUGCAGACAGUCAGCUUGAAGCCCUGGACAGCUUCGGGCCUGCCCGGGGCUCCCUGGACACCCUUGAUUCAUUCGUAGUAGAGGACACCUCCUCUCAGGACGCACGACCACCAAGCAGCACCCAGAAGCCACCCCCUGCACCAGCCAGCCUCAGCAGCACAAGUCACUCGCCUCUACCCAAAGCGGUCGAUGUGCCCCCCCAGCAAGAGUCGGCCACGCCCAAUACCGCCCUGCUUGUCAAGAACCCCCUGGCUUCUACCCAUGUCUUCAAGCAGGCCUGCACCCUCUGCUACCCCAAAACAGGUCCCAGGGCUGGUGACUAUACGUACCGGGAAGACCUUGAGCACAAGUGUAAACGGGAUGUCCUGCUGGGGAGGAUCCGAAACUCUGAGGACAAGACAUGGAAGCGGAUCCGGCCUCGGCCCACCAAGACCAGCUUUAUAGGCUCCUACUAUCUGUGCAAAGACAUGCUGAACAAGCAAGACUGUAAGUACGGAGAUAACUGCACCUUCGCCUACCAUCAGGAGGAGAUCGACGUGUGGACUGAGGAGAGGAAGGGGACCCUCAACAGAGACCUCCUCUUUGAUCCCCUUGGGGGAGUCAAGCGGGGCAACCUCACCAUUGCCAAGCUCCUCAAAGAGCACCAGGGAAUCUUCACCUUCCUCUGCGAGAUUUGUUUCGACAGUAAACCCCGGAUCAUUAGCAAGGAGACCAAGGACUCUCCUGCUGUCUGCUCCAACCUGGCUGCCAAGCAUAGAUUCCAUGACAACAAGUGUCUGGUCCACAUCGUGCGCUCCACGGCCCUGAAGUACUCGAAGAUCCGCCAGUUCCAAGAGCACUUCCAGUUCGACGUGUGCCGACACGAGGUGCGCUACGGCUGUCUGCGAGAGGACAGCUGCCACUUUGCCCACAGUUUCAUCGAACUCCGAGUCUGGUUAUUGCAGCAAUAUUCAGGUAUGACCCACGAGGACAUCGUCCAAGAGUCCAAUAAAUGCUGGCAGCAGAUGGAGGCCCACGCGGGCAAAGCUGCCAACAGUUUGGCCAGCUCUCGGAUCCCCCCACCCAGCACCUUUGACCUACAGAUGAAGUUUGUGUGUGGCCAGUGCUGGAGGAAUGGGCAGGUGGUGGAGCCCGACAAGGAUCUCAAAUAUUGCAGUGCCAAAGCCCCACACUGCUGGACCAAGGAGCGGCGAGUCCUGCUGGUGAUGUCCAAAGUCAAGAGGAAGUGGGUGUCCGUCCGACCGCUCCCAUCCAUCCGCAGCUUCCCUCAGCAGUAUGAUCUCUGCAUCCACGCCCAGAAUGGCCGCAAGUGUCAGUAUGUGGGGAACUGCUCCUUCGCCCACAGCCCAGAGGAGAGAGACAUGUGGACCUUCAUGAAAGAGAAUAAGAUCCUAGACAUGCAGCAGACCUAUGACAUGUGGCUGAAAAAGCACAACUCGGGGAAGCCUGGGGAAGGCACUCAGGUGGCCUCUCGGGAGGGCGAGAAGCAGAUCCAGAUGCCCACCGACUAUGCGGACAUCAUGAUGGGAUUCCACUGCUGGCUCUGUGGCAAAAACAGCAACAGCAAGAAGCAGUGGCAGCAGCACAUCCAGUCGGAGAAGCACAAAGAGAAGGUCUUCACAUCAGAUAGCGACUCCACCUGUUGGACCUUCCGCUUCCCCAUGGGCGAGUUCCGGCUGUGUGAAAGGUUCCAGAAAAAAAAGGCCUGUCCAGAUGGGGAGAAGUGUCGCUGUGCCCACGGGCAGGAGGAGCUGACUGAGUGGCUGGAUCGACGGGAGGUGUUGAGACAGAAACUGGCCAAGGCUCGCAAGGACAUGCUGCUCUGCCCGACGGACAAUGACUUUGGCAAAUACAACUUCCUAUGGCAGGACGGCGUAUAGGGGACCGGGGACGGCGCUCCGGGUGGGAGGGUGAGAUGAGGUUCCCGUGGCCUCCCCGGCGGCCUCUUGGGUCCCCCUUUUGUUAGACAUCCCUGCUCCAGGGGCCAAAGGGCGAGACCUCCUCGGCUCUUUGGCUCCCUCUGAUACUUAUGGCUUUGUUCCUUCUUCUCAAAUGAGUAUCAGAAAAAACAGGCUGGGGAAAGCAGAGGGGAUGGAGAAGGACUUGGGAAGUAGAUCUUGGGACAAACCUUUUCUCUCCCUGCAUUUCUCUAUGCACAUUCCCCUCUGAGUGGGGGCAGGAGUGCACCUACAUACAUGCACAUAAUCAGAAUAAUAAUAAUGAUAAUAACAGUAGCUCACAUCUCUAUAGUGUUUUCCCACAGUGACCCUGGGAGGUAGAUAGCUUAAGUAUUAGCAUCCCCAUUUUGCAGAUGGGGAAACUGAGAUUUAGAGAGGACAAAGUGGCUCGGCCACAGUUACACAGCCAGUCAGUGUUUGGAGACAGAGGGCACACACGCUCACACACACACACACACACACACAUACAGACUCUCUCUCUCUCUCUCUCUCUCUCUCUCUCUCUCUCUCUCUCUCUCUCUCUCUCUCUGCCCAGAUCAGUUAGACAUGUCCCGGGUCAUUAUUGUCCUUCUGUGGUAUUGGGUAGGUCUAUUGUCUCCCAGAGUAGGGUGGUACAGGGCAGACAGACACUGUCUAGUGGCUUCAACCCAAAGUUUUGUGUUUUGUUUCCAAAACCCUGGGUCACUGGCGUCAGGGACCCUCCAGGGUAGUCCCCCUGGGGUUUGGCUGAAUUGGUUUUCCCCACUCCUCUGGGCUCCUAAUCUCAGCCCUUCUCUCUGGGAUGCAGGAGAUGGGGACAGAGCCCAGCUGGAAACCUCAGAGAGCCCAGCUGCCCCGUUUAGCUUUAAGCCCCAGACAUCCUUCCCGGCCCACACGGCGGAGCUCAGUGUUCCCUUAGGCGUCACUCCCUUGCUGCCAAAGGAGACCGGCUUCUCUGGUCUUUCCCUCAGCCCUUUGUCCUUUUGGCUGGAGACACCCCUCCCACCUUUCUCGUGGCUCUGUUUUCCUUCUGUGCCCUACCCGGGGUCUGCACAGCUGUGAAACUUAUGGCUCUUCCUGUCCCUCCUCUUUUUUUUUUUUUUUUUUUUUUUUUGCGGGGCAAUGGGGAUUAAGUGACUUGCCCAGGGUCACACAGCUAGUAAGUGUCCUGAAUCCACUGCGCCACCUAGCCGCCCCCGCUGUCCCUCCUCCUAACCUGACUCUUGUCCCCUAUCUCUCUCCCCCUUCAGGAAUCCAAGAGACAGGUGGCAGAUGGAGCAGGGGGCAAGAGGGGUGGGUGGUGAUCCCAAUCCAGGACGUGUUAGGGGGCUUCUCCAGAGGCAGGACCAUGCAGACUGACCCUGAGUUCUCCCUGCCCCAGCCCACGAAUCCCCCAGAUUAUGAGCUAGACCUGGUUUAGGGGAGUGGAGAUGGAAAGCCAGCUGAGGGCAGGCUUGUCCUAGACAGCUCUUUCUUACCUGGAUCCCCAGGACAUCUUCCUAACCAGGGCCAGCCUUGCCCAGAGUUCAAAGAGAUUUCAUUGGAUGUCUGAAUGUCCGAAUAACUCAGGCAGAGUGAUAUAGCCCCUCCCACUCCUGCCCCUACCCACAACUCUGAUAUCAGUUGGGGAAAGGGACCCUGCUGAGCAUAAAUGGAGGGGGGGCUGGUGUGUGAGGGGGCCCCUCUCCUGUCACCCUCCUGGGCCACUUCUGACAGAAAUCGCCCCAAUUUCUCCAGCCCUGUUCAAAUUUAUGAAGCGCUCCCAGUGAGGGGGGUGGGGCGGUAUUCUGGACAUUUCACAGAGGAAGAAACUGAGUCACCCUCACCUGGUCACACAGCUAGCAAAUAUGAAAGCACUUUGAUUCCCCGGGCAUCUCUGCUGCUAGCCAGCCAGGACCUUUCCCGGGACCAUGGACAGCAGCACCAGGACCCCACAGACAAACAUGAGUUCUGAACCCACCUCUGCCAAACUUGCUGUGUGACCUUCAGUAAGUCACUUCCCUGUUCUGGCCCUCAGCUUCCUCCUCUGUAAAAUCUGGGGUUUGGACGAGAUGGCCUCUCAGGGCACUUGCAGCUUUAAAUCUAUGACCCUGUCGUCUGCGGUCCCUCCCCUUUUCUGGACCUCAGUUUCCUUAUCUGUAAAAUGAGGGGGUGGGACUAGACCUCCUCUCAAGUCAGCUCAAAAAACAUGAUCCUGGGGCAGCUAGGUGGCACAGUGGAUAGAGCACCAGCCCUGGAGUCAGGAGGACCUGAGUUCAAAUCCGGCCUCAGACGCUUAACACUUACUAGCUGUGUGACCUUGGGCAAGUCACUUAACCCCAAUUGCCUCAAUAAAAAAAAAAGAAAAGAAAAGAAAAGAAAAUGCAAAGACUUAAUACAACAACAAAAUCAAGGAUAUAAAAAAAAAAAAAAACAUGAUCCUUCUGGCCAAGGGGAACUGUUGCCCCCCCCCCACUAUAGUAGCAGACAAGAGUCACUCAAUUUGCACUUACUCCUCUAAUUGGAAAAACCCUGGGUCCAGAGUGGGCUGUUCUGGCCCCACCCCCACUUCAGCCUCGCCAGACUUCACCUUUUCUCUGACACCUCAGUUUAGCCUUUCUCUAUGCCCACCUCCCCCACCUUGUCCGGCCCUGCCAGAUUCAGGAUUGGUCCCCCAGACAUUCCAAAAAGCUUCACACCACUGGAUCGGGACCUCGGCGGGGGGCUGAGGCUUUGGGGAAAGGGGGAAGGGCUCAGUCUGUGUGGAAGUGUUGGCUCCUAGGAUGUCUUUGUUCCUCAGGCCUCUUGAAAGUCAGUGUUAAUGACGCAGAAACUGGAGAGGGUAAGGGUCUUUCCUCCACCACCCACUCCUGGGAGCCCCGCCCACCCCUUAUUCUAUGAUUAUGGCAUGCAGCCUGCCCUAUCCCCCUCCCCCCAGUGAACCAGGAUGAUGGGGCCUGGGGAGGAGAGAGGAAUUGAAGGGUAUUUGAUUUGGGGGAUGAAACCAGAAGUGGGGGCCUAUGGGAAGGAUUGCUGUGAACGUAGAUACUUGUUUCCCCUGCUACGAUAACCUGACCUGUGGUAUUACUGUCUCUUGUCACCAGCCUUGUUUCAGUGUGUAUAUAUGUCGGCCCCGUGAUGCAUAUAUACACAGGUAUUAAAUAUAUCACUCUAUAUAAUAUUACAUAUGUGUGUGGUAUCCAAGGAAUUGCUUGUAUGGAAGGAGAAGGAUAAAGGACUUGACUGGGAAAUGCAGCAGGACCCCUGGGUUUUAUUUGUCUUCUCUCUCUGGGAGCAGGGGGAGGGGGAGCUGCUGCCCCCUUAGACCAGCGGGGAGGGUUGGAGGUCAUGGAACCGGCAGGAUUUGGGUGGUGUAGCUGGCUCUGUCCAUUGUCUUCCUUCUCUACUCAGCUUGAGGGAGGCAGAAGAGUGGAGAAAAGGUGUUCUUAACCAAAGGGACAGGGCCCAGUUUAGCUGGAGCUGCCAAGCUUCUGAAACCUAGAGGUCCGACUCUGCCUGUCUCCUUUAGAGAAGUGAUCCUGCCCAUGGGUGUCCUGAGAAGAGGCCCAGGAUUUGGGUUUGAGUCCUAGCUGGACUGUUUAUCACAUGUGGCUGAUUAUAAAACCUCCCUAGGCCGGGUUCCUCGUCUGCCAAACAAAGACAUUGGACCAGCCGCCAGGCUCUGAGAUCUCUCCCAGCCCCAGACCUACCCCCGUGCAUGGGAAAAAAGAAAACCAACCCAAAGGAGGCCACGUCCCCCUUGGGCCAGGGGUGCCUCUUCCCUGGGGUGGCCGUUUGCACCCACCUAGAAAGCAGGUAGAUACAGAUCAGAGAGAAAAAGAUUGGACAGAAAAGAACUGUAAAUGGAGAGGAAUAAACGAGAGGGUAAUUUGAAGGUGAUGGAAAGGAUUGCAAUGGUCUUCAGUUUUAGUUUCUGAAAUCCAAGCUCAGGGUUAGAACCAAAACCACCAGGCUGCUCCCAGACAGGCAAGAGUGAGACCAAGGGGAGAUGCAUGUCUGCAUAUAUGUGUACAUACAAGUGUGUGCAUAUAUGUAUAUAUACAUGCCCACGUGUGUGGAGUCACACCUUCUCCCCGAAGCAGUAUAAGUCUGCAUGGACUGCUGGGGCAACAUGUUCAAAAUGAAUGAAGAGGGGAAAUGUCGCAUUUCACAGCCAGGUAAUGAUGGGGUUAAUAGUCCUUUAAAAUGUUUGUGUAUUAAAAAUUUUAAGAAUACCACACUUUAAUAUUAAAUAUUCAUAAGACCCUAGUAUCUGGAUAAUAUUGUAGAUGUUUUAAUAACAAUUUUUUGGUCCUUCUUAAAAAUAAAGCAGACAGAACUUGCAUCUUUUAGCCUUUGUACUAGAAAAUAAAAGUGCACUUUAACCCUGG